AUGAAUGAACCAUCACUCACACCACCAUCAAAUGAUUCUUCCGAAAUGGUCUUUCCCUUGACUCGUUUCAUGGAACAAGUCGGAUUCGAUGUCUUUCAAUUCAUUCUCUCCUACUUACCUCCCAUUCCCUAUCUCUUUCAAUUACAACGUGUGAAUCAACAUUGGAAAUACCUCUGUUGUGAAUGUAUGAAAGAAGAUUGCACUGAAUUGUAUUGGGAUCUCUCGACCAUUUCUGGUUUGAAAUGUAAAGGAUUUUUAGGAAAAGUUGAAGAUAAAUUACCACACGUGUAUCAAUAUUUACAUGUCGGAGAAAGCAACGACGUGAGAGGAUUGGGAUUUUUGAGAAUUAUUCUUUCACAUUUCAAAAAAGUGAAACGCAUGACUUUGAAAAAUAUGAAAAUUUCAGUAGGGGUGCUUCAUGCAAUAUUUGUCGAGUGGAGAGGAAGAGUGAAAGAAUUAUGUUUCAUUGAUUGUAAUAUUGAUUCAGUGAAUUUAGGAAAUUGGUUUCGCUUCAAGUUUGAUAGUAGCGAAACUUUUCAAAAUUCAUAUGGAUUUGUCAAUGGUCGUCAUUUGAGAGAAAUUGAAAUUAGUGUCGAACCUGAAUAUGGUCAACCUAUCUUAGAUGGGCUUUCUAGAUCUGAACUCGAAACAAUCAUUUUACGAAAUUGUUCGUCCACUUCCGGUUAUUAUUAUGAUAUGCGAUGCUUAUUUGGAGAAUUAAUGGGAUUGUUGAAAUGUUUUUUGCCUCAUCUCAAAUAUGUGGAUACUUCAAACCUAUCUCCAUCGACAGACAUGGAUAAAUUGAUUGAAGAACUUGAUGUUAAAAGAUUUUUUCCAAAUGUGGUAUUCCAAAAGAACGUGUACACGAUUGCAUGUCAAAUGAUUAAGGACGGAAUUGAUUAUCAUGAAGUAAUGAGGUGUUACUUUGAUUAUUUUGUGAGUGAAUUCAAAUUUCGAAGAAAUCGAUUGAUUGCUUAUGCCAGCCGACACUUGUCAAAUUUUUCUGAAUUUUCACAGUUUCACAAAUUCGUUGCUAAACCUCUAUUGACCUUCUUCUCUAUUCAUUCUCCAUUUGGAAUUGAUACUGAUCAACAAGACAUUCAAGGAUACAAUAUUAUUCAAUUGGCUCUCAUGCAUGCCAACACGGAUGUAUUAACAUUUAUUUUAGAAUAUUUAACAUGUUUGGAAAAUUCAACAGAAACAACAUCAUCCCAACAAGAAUUACAACAAUUAUUUUCACACAAUAACAAGCUCGAUGGAAAGAAUGCAAUUUUCUCAUGCAUGUCACAAGGACGAGAACAACAAUUACUAACGCUACUCCACAAGUACAAAAUUUCAUUGAAUCAUCAAGCUCUCGAUGGUAAUACCGUUGCACAUUAUUUGUGUCAUUUUGGACAGUUACAACGGAUGAAAUUUAUUUUGGAAAAAGUAUUGGAACUUGACACGGAUCAUGUUGCCAAAAAAUCUGUUAACGUUUCUGAAGUGAAAUACUUUAUUGAUUUUGAUAUCAGAAAUAAUGAAGGAGAAACUCCUUUGGAUUUGUGUAACAAGUACAAAAUGCAUUCCAUGUAUUCAUACUUGAAAGACCGUGCCAAGCAAUUAGGAAUUUCUCAUGUACCUCAAUACACGUUUUCAACAUCCCAAAGCAACAAUAAUACACAACAGGCUUCAUCACCAGAUCAGGCAAGUUUUGGUGUAGUGAUGGCUUCAUCAUUGAGGUCAUUCAAAUGCUGCCAAUUACUCUAA